CUCAGACACAGCGUAUAAAUAAGGCGCGUGUACCUCAAAAUAUUUUCAGUUCUGGUUCAGAUAGCGUUUACGUGUACUUCAAAGUUUUAUUGUGAAAAAUGAGCAUGUUCCUGAGUUUGCUGGUGCUUAGCGCUGUACUGCUGAUAGUCUUUCUCAAGUACAAGCACAGCUACUGGAAGCGGCGUGGUGUACCACAUGAAGCGCCGAGCUUUCCUUUGGGUGAUUUUAAGGAAUGGCGGCACACAAAAGGUUUCUUUGAAAUACUAACACCGAUCUACAAGAAAUUCAAGGGCACCGCGCCCUUCGCCGGCAUGUUCAUGGCUUUUAGUCCAGUCGCAUUGAUAAUCGAACCCGAUCUGGUGAAGAAAGUACUCAUCAAAGAUUUUAAUCAUUUCCGUGAUCGCGGUGUGUUUUGCAAUGUCAAAGAUGAUCCACUCACGGGACAUCUCUUCGCGCUGGAGGGAACCAAGUGGCGUGAAUUGCGCCAGAAACUCUCUGCGGCCUUCAGCUCCAGUAAAAUGAAAUUAAUGCAUCCAGCAAUGGUCAAAGUGGCUGAGGAAUUAAAGAAGGUUUUAGAAGAAAAGCGUGCGACUGCUGCUGGUGGCGUUAUUGAGAUCACUGAUUUGCUAUCGCGCUUCACAGCCGACAUCAUCGGCGUUUGCGCCUUUGGCAUCGAGUGCAAUAGUUUACGCAAUCCGCAAGCGGACUUCGUCGUGAUGGGAAAGAAGGCGAAUACCGAACGGCGACAUGGCAUUCUCCUAGACACCUUCAUAGAAGCAGCGCCGAAGUUGGCGCGUACGCUGCGUAUGCGACAAACGACACAGGAAGUGCACGACUUCUAUAUGGGAAUCGUGCGUGAGACAAUCGAUUAUCGUGAGAAGAAUGAUGUGAAGCGCAACGACCUAAUGGAUGUAUUGCUGGAAUUAAAGAGCAAGGGCGGCAACGAUGGCGGACUCACUGUUAAUGAAAUUGCUGCGCAAGUAUUCGUUUUCCUCAUAGCUGGAUUUGAGACCUCCUCAACCACAAUGGGUUAUGUGCUUUAUGAACUGGCCAAACGCCAGGAUAUACAGAAUCGCCUGCGUGACGAGAUCAAUACGGUGCUAGAGCGACACAACAACGAAUACAGCUAUGAGUCCAUGCAAGAUAUGCGCUAUCUGGAACAAGUAUUCUCAGAAACCUUACGCAAAUUUCCAAUUGUCGGCCAUUUGAUACGUGAAGCCGAUACAAAUUAUAAAAUCGCAGAUACGCGCUACACCAUCGAAAAGGACACAAUGGUUAUUAUACCCAUUUAUGAGCUACAAAAUGAUCCCGAAUACUAUCCAAAUCCAGAAGAGUUCGAUCCAGAACGGUUUACGGAAGCAGAAAUAAAGAAACGUCCAGCUUGCACUUGGCUGCCUUUUGGCGAUGGUCCACGCAAUUGCAUCGGUCUACGUUUCGGCAAAAUGCAGGUGUUCGUUGGACUCACAUAUUUGCUGCGCCACUUCAAGUUCUCAGCUUGUGAGGAAACCGAAGAGCACUUGCGCUUCCAUGUGGAUAAAAUCAUACUACAACCUGUCAAUGGCAUAAAAUUGCGCGUGGAGCGCAUAAUGUUCGUGCUUCUGGCGCUCCUCAUCGCAGCACUCGCGCUCAUUGUGAUCGCACUGCAACGCCACUACACAUACUGGCAACGGCGUGGCGUGCCACAAGUGACGCCACGUUAUGUGGUGGGUAAUAUAGAGCGCGCUGCCGGCGGUCAAGUGCAGCUACGACACUUUAACCAGAGUCUUUAUGAAGCGUUCAAGAAGCAACGCGCCUUUGUCGGCAUGUACAUCUUCUUCACGCGCGCUGCGCUCAUUCUCGAUUUGGAUGUGAUUAAGGAUAUUUGUAUAAGCAAGUUUUCGAAUUUUCAAGAUCGUGGCGUUUUCUCGAAUCCGCGUGAUGAUCCACUGACUGGUCAUCUUUUUCGUCUCGAGGGAGCACAGUGGCGUGCCAUGCGUAAUAUACUCACACCCGUCUUCUCUUCGGGCAAUAUGAAAUUCAUGUUCCCCACUGUGGUGAAAGUGGGUCAUGAAUUGGUGGCCGCUUGCCACAAAGCGAUCGCGGAGAGCCCACAACAGCAAGAGGUCGAAUUGAAGGAGCUUUGCGCGCGCUACACUACUGAUGUCAUUGGCACUUGUGCCUUCGGUAUUGAGUGCAACAGUCUGCUGGAUCCACAAGCUGAAUUUAGGCGUCGCGGUCAUGCCGUGUUUACCGAGCCGCGUCACUCGCAACUGGUGCAGACUUUCAUGUUGAUGAAUCCGGAUUGGGCGCGUCGUAUGCGUCUGAAGUUCUUUCCCGAUCACAUCAUACAGUUCUAUAUAGAUGUGGUGCGUCAGACUGUCGAACUACGACAGCGUGAGCAUAUCAAACGCAACGAUUUCAUGGACUUGUUGAUCGGCUUAAAGGCCGAGGAUGAGCGUUUGGCCUUGAACAGCGAUGGUAUUGAUCUCUCGCAAGGUUUGACACUCAACCAAAUGGUAUCACAGGCUUUCGUCUUCUUUGUGGCGGGUUUCGAUACCUCAUCAACAACCAUGUCGUUAUGUCUUUAUGAACUCGCCUUGAACGUGCCAAUACAAGAGAAAGUGCGUGCUGAAAUCGAGCGCGUGCUAAACGCGCACAAUAAUGAACUCACUUACGAGGCGCUGAACGAAAUGCAAUAUCUCGAUCAAGCAGUGGAUGAAACACUACGCAAGUACCCUGUCGUGCCAUAUCUCGUGCGCAAAGCCAAAGAGGACUACUUAGUGCCCAAUACUAAUGAAGUCAUUGAAAAAGGCUGCCUUGUGGUAUUACCCGCACACGCUAUUCAACAUGACGCCGAACUUUAUCCGGAGCCAGAUAAAUUCAAUCCGGACCGCUUCGAGCCAGCGUUGAGUCGUGCACGCCAUGCAGCAGCCUAUAUGCCUUUCGGCAUCGGCCCACGCGCCUGUAUUGGUCUGCGCUUUGGCAAAAUGCAAGCCAAAAUAGGACUCAUCAAUUUACUAAGACACUUUAAAUUUAGUAAAACCCCUAGCACCCAGACCCCACUGCAAUUCAUCGAGCGCAUUUUUCAAAUCACUCCAGCCAGUGGCAUACACUUGCGAGUGGAGCCUGUGGACGCCAACUUUGACGUGUCAUUUGUUGGCAGUGAAACCAAACGCUUGGAUAAUCGCAGCACAUAUAUAGAGAACAUAAAUAAUAAAUUUGUGAAAGUAAUAGACAUCAAAAUGGCCAUUGCCGUGCUCUGCGCACUGCUCGCCGUUGUUGUGGGCACGCUUUAUUUGAAACUACGACACCACUACAGCUACUGGGAGCGACGCGGAGUACCACAUGAGACACCGCAAUACUUUCUCGGCAAUAUGAGCGGCAUCGGCACCAAGUAUCACUGGAAAGAUAUCAACAUACGUUUCUACAAUCGUUUCAUGGGUCAAACGCCCCUAUUUGGCGCCUACACAUUCUUCAAGCGCGUCGCCUACAUCAUAGACCUCGAUCUGAUUAAACAAAUUUUGGUCAAAGACUUCAACUACUUCACCGAUCGCGGACUCUUUCACAAUGUACGCGAUGAUCCGCUCACUGGCAAUUUGCUGUUCUUGGAUGGCGAGCAGUGGCGCGUACUGCGUCAUAAGCUAUCGCCCGCCUUCACCACCGGCAAGAUACGUUUCAUGUUCCCCACCAUGGUGUCGGUGGGUGAACGCAUUGUGGGCGCAUGUCAGCGCAUUAUGAACAUCGGCGGCACUGUGGAAAUGAAAGAGCUCUGUGCACGUUACACAACCGAUGUAAUUGGUGAGGUUGCUUUCGGCAUUGAGUGCAAUAGCUUGAAGGAUCCGCAAGCGAUGUUCCGGCGCAUGGGUAGGGAUAUUGUCGAAAAGCCACGUCACUCGCUACUUGUACAGGCCUUCAUGUUCACCGAUCCACAGCGCGCGCGACAAUUGCGCUUGAAGAACUUUCCCGAUGACGUCACCGAGUUCUUUAUGGGUGUAGUACGUGAGACCGUGGCGUACAGAGAAAAGAAUGGCGUAAGUCGUAACGACUUCAUGGACAUGAUGCUGGAAAUGAAAGCGCAACGCGAUCGCCUCAAGGAAACAGACAUCAAAGAAGACGAUCUAACGAAUGGUUUGAACAUCGAACAGGUCGCAGCGCAAGCGCUGGUAUUCUAUUUGGCUGGCUUCGAAACCUCAUCCACGGUGAUGUCUUUCUGCUUAUAUGAAUUAGCUUUGAAUCAAGAAGUACAAGAGAAAUUGCGUGAAGAAAUAUGCAGCGUGCUGCAGAAAGCGGAUGGCCAAGUAACAUAUGAGACCAUAAAGGAAAUGACUUACUUGAAGAAAGUGAUAUCAGAAACCCUGCGCAAACACCCCGUCAUACCGCAUCUAACGCGCUUAGCCGUCGCUGACUACAGCGUACCCAACACCGACUGGCUGCUAGAGCGCGGCAUGCGCAUCUUCAUACCCGUCGACGCCAUACACCACGACCCCGCAAUCUAUCCGGAUCCCGAAAAAUUCGAUCCUGAACGCUUUGCACCCGAAGCCAUUGCACAGCGCCACCCGUUCGCCUACUUGCCUUUCGGCGAUGGUCCGCGUAAUUGCAUCGGCAUGCGCUUCGGCGAAUUGCAGACCGCCAUUGGCGUUGUACAAUUGCUGCGCCACUUUCGCUUCAAGCCUUCGGCACGCACACUCAACCCGAUGGUGUAUUUAAAGAAGAAUUUCCUCAUCGCCGCUGACGGUGGCAUACACUUGACCGUGGAGAAUUUGGAGAAAACGAUGUAGGAGUGCUCUUAUGUACAACAACAUAAUCAAGGCUAUUGCUUUGUUAUUGCUUUAAUUGCCUUACAUAAAUAAUUUAUUCAUUUGCGUGUUUAAUGUCUCUCUAUAUGUAAAUAUGUUUUUUAAUCUUUUCCCCUCUCCUACUAAUAUUCGCACCACCCUGUUACACUUGAAACCCUAUAAUUAUCUGUACUCCAUAAAUUUACAAUAAAAACGUUUUGUCAUUAAUUGUU